AUGACCAAACCCAAGGAAGAGGUUAUCAAGGAGUUCAACCUCCUGAAUAAUAUGACCGUCGAGGAGCUCCAGGCAUGGCUCGACGAUCCGAAGAGCAAGGCCGCCGGCACUGGCGCAGGCUUCGAGAGUGGGCACAGGAUUGUCGAGAUUUUGAAGAAGAACCCGACAAAAGAUCCCGAGAAGUAUGACGAUGAAGAUAUCGAGCACAUGCGCAAGGUCGUGAGGUGA